AUGGACAGAAGGCCCGAUGUGCGCACUCAGUUAAAGGAGAUCAAGGAUCUCUUGAAGGCAUGGCUUGCCUUGAGAGCAUCAAGCUGGGUGUACACGAGUGCCGACCAGGAGCAGCAGGAUUCCAUGGAGUGGGACCUCCAGUGUAGCGAGAUUUGUAUAUAUAAGGCCGUGGCACGGCUGAGAAAGCACUAUGGCUUUGUUGCCACAUUUGACGUCACAGUCACCGGCGGUACCCUCGAAGAAUGGCACCUCUACCUGCUGGCCUUCAAAGGGACUGAGACUGUGACGGACAUGAUGGCCAACCUAGGGGCGGAGCCAUGCAAGGAGACCUUUGCUGAUUUGGGGAUGCAGGUGCAUUCAGGCUGGCGUGCGCGUUUGUCUGAUACGGACUUGCAGCAAAAGCUUGUCGAAGCUCUGCAGUCCUUGGACCCAUCGGAUUCCAAGGAUGUUCUCGUCGCUGGCCACUCCCUCGGAGGUGCCUUAGCUCAGAUAUGCAUGCUAUGGCUCUGGAAGAAGUUUGUCAACGUCAAUGGCGGCGAGGCCACCUACCGUGAUGUCGUCAAGAACGCUCGCUGCUUCACAUUUGGGAGCCCCGCGCCCUUCGCAAACCUGCAACUGUCGGUAGAUGCUCAUUGCCGAGAUGCUCUCCGGCAGAAGGCCCAGAAGUGGCUGGCCGAAGCCUGCACGAACAUAGCACAUGUGAAGGACCCGGUGGUGAGACUUCCAUUCAACGUUGAGGCGCUUCGCCAACUCGCUCCCCAAAGCAUCUCACUUGGAAGUGGGCUUCUCAAUUUUGCUGGCAUCACACCGCGGCUGCCUAAAGAAUUGAAGAGCUACCGGCCUCUGUGCUCAAUGAUCGUGUUAUUCUGGCCACAGCCGUCGGAGGAUUGGACUACGUUGCACCCAGUUGACGACGCUGAGCGCUACUAUUCUUGGUUGUUUGGUGAGCCACCAGACGGGCUUGAUCUUCAAGUGCACAACAUCGAGACGUAUGGCCUCCUUUUUCACGGAAAGCCAAGAGAGGAUUUGGCAAACAAGUCGGAGUCGAUGUUGCGGCACUAUGUCGUCAGCUUGCAGGCAGUAGAUCCGAAACUUGAGAGACGCCUGAGUCGCCUCGCCAGAACCUUGCAGAGAUUUACGCCCUCAGCUAGAGAAGACCUGAUGGCACCAUACAGUCACAUGUUUCGGUUGGUAAGCCAAAUUCAGGCUGGCCUAGCUGAGAUGCAAGAGGACGGCCAGACAUUGAGGCAUCUGGGCCAUGAAUGGCAGCACAAUCGCAAAAGGCUCAAGUCCCUCAUGGAGCAGUUAGAUCGAAAUCUUCGUUCAGCAGAUGCCUCGGUAAAGUUGCUGAGCAACGGAACGGAUGCGGCUGCACUCGAAACCACCCGCGAAUUGAGCAGAACGUUCGGAGACAUUAGCAACAUUGCGGAGGAGGUGCUAUCGACACUUGAUGCGUGCCAGGAGCAGGCGAAAGAUUCCUUGCAACACGUCGACAGCAUCUUCACUAAGCUUCAGCCCGCCAUUCAGCAGGCCGCGGAGUUGAAAACCGCGGCUACAGCAACGGGAAGCAUCCUUGAAUUCUUCCGCCGUUACCUUGCAAGUCGCCCCGGAGUACGUCUUGUCACAGAGCUUGGCGUGACUUUUGCCUUGAGGGCUGCGACCGGAUCUGGCGGGCUUGCGUGCGCGCUUGCUUACGCGGCUCUCCUGGCCAUGUGGCCGUAUGACGAUGAACUCCUGGUCCAUCUGUUCGAGAUUUCCAGGGGGCUUGGCGGUUAUGCUGAAUGCGUGACCCCAGAGCUUGAGCGCAUGGACGCAUUCCUGCGCACAUUUCGCGAGAAGCUGGUCGACACUCAGACUGGUCAGGAGGAGAUGCAAGAAUGUAUAAAGAACUUGAAGGAGGAGAUGAAGGUGUUGGCUAAGAACCUGCAAGUCUUGGAUCAAGAAGUUGGUUCGGACGAGCGCAGGAUGGUGAUCGCCGAAAUCACAAAUGCAGCCCAACUGAUGCUUGAAAAGCAUGAGGAAGCAUGCCAGCUGGAAGAAGAGAAGCCAGCCUUGGCUGUUGAGCCCCAGCUCGCAGUGAUGAGCGCCAUCCCGCGUGCUUUAACUGCAUAUGAUCGCUGA